AUGAUGAACUCUCCCCAAAUAUCGGGCUGGCAGGUCCUAGCCACCAAGAGAAAUCUCAUGGUAUCCUGUGUCCUUGGCCUCUUCUUCCUUGCCAUCGGGAUGGACAUCCGAGCUGAGCUCGGAGCUGGACACGACCAGAGGAAGAUGUCCAAGCGCGACACCACCAGCACUGCUGCAAUCUGGCAACCUGCAGCCGGAGUCAAAUGGCAAAUCCAACUGGUCGAUGCCGUCGAAGACACCACCAUCGACACUGACAUAUGGGACAUCGACCUCUUCGACAACACCGCCGAGAAAAUCGCCGCUCUGCAUAACAAAGGCCGCAAGGUCAUCUGCUACUUCUCGGCCGGCACAUACGAGGACUGGCGCCCAGAUAUUAGCAAGUUCGACACCGCAGACUUCGGCAGCAACCUCGACGAGUGGCCAGGUGAGCGGUGGUUAAACAUCAAGUCGAGCAGCGUUCGUGCAAUCAUGAGCUCGCGGUUAGAUAUGGCGAAGCAGAAGGGCUGUGAUGGCGUUGAUCCUGAUAAUAUUGAUGCGUAUGGGAAUGAGAACGGCCUUGGGUUGACAGAGGCUGAUUCGAUUGAUUUCUUGACUUUCCUGGCAUCUGAGUCACAUUCCCGUGGCAUGUCUAUCGGGUUGAAGAAUGGGGGUGAUAUUAUCGGCUCUGUUAUUGAUAAAAUGCAGUGGUCAGUUAAUGAGCAGUGUGCACAAUAUGACGAGUGUAAGACAUAUGCUGCCUUCACGGAAGUCAAUAAGCCAGUUUUUCAUAUUGAAUAUUCUGGGGAGACUAUUGAGUCUGGUGGCUCUGGUGAUACCCCUGUCUCGGCCGCCGAUACUACCACUGGUAGCAAGGCUACUUCCACUGCCACUGCCAUCGUUACCCCUGCUUCUAGUUCCGCUGCCGCUGCCGCUGAAACUGCCACUGUAACUGCAACUGCAACUGUCGAUGCUACCCCUGUUUCAACCUCUGUUGCGGCCGCUGCAACCAGCACAGACGCCGAUGCUACCAAGACUGGCAGCACUGACAGUGAUGGUGACGACGAGGAGGCCGACAAAGACGAUGAAGACGACACUAGUGCCGAUGCCACCAAGGAGCAAAAACAUCGAUACGGUCAUGGUCACCAGAAGCUCCGAGCCAGGGCUGUUCUCUCCUCCACGUUGAAGGCCUCAGCCUGCAAUGCGGCCAACGCCGACAAGUUCUCGACUGUCAUUAAGAACAUGAACCUCGACGCUUGGGUUGAAUAUUGCUAG